GAGGAGGAGGGUUUAAAUUAGCCCACUACAGCACGCUUCAAAGUACGGGGAUUGCUUGACAGUUGGAAAAGAUUGCUGUUGUGAUUACAGUCAAGACAGCAGUGGUCUUGAUUCACUACUGAGAAGCCAACCUGGGCUUCGUCGAUAUCAGUCAGAUAUAUGUGCAAAUCAACAGAAGAUGCUGAACCAAGAUAAUUUCAAAAAGGAUUUUCAAGCUCCAGACUAAGACAUCUCUUUGCCCGAGUUUUACGUUCAAUUUCUAAACAACAAUACUUAAUAUUGUCCGUUUGAUUCGUGCGCACACAUGGCGUUUUUAAUGAAGAAGAAAAAGUUCAAGUUUCAGACCCAUUUUACGCUCGAAGAGCUGACGGCGGUACCCUUUGUCAACGGGAUGCUCUUCUGUAAAAUCAGACUACUGGACGGUGGGGAUUUUGCCAUAUCAUCAACCAGGCAAGAGGUCCAGGAGAACUGCGUUCGCUGGCGAAAGAAGUUCUCCUUCAUAUGUAAGAUGAGUGCUAGUUCCAACACAGGUGUGCUGGACCCCUGCAUAUGUCGGGUGUCUGUGCGUAAGGAGCUCAAAGGAGGAAAGGCAUUUUCAAAGCUGGGCUUUGCUGAUCUCAACAUGGCGGAGUUUGCUGGCUCAGGCUCCGCGGUGCGCUGCUGCAUCCUCGAAGGCUACGACACCAAGAACACGCGUCAGGACAACUCCAUACUCAAGGUUACCAUUGGGAUGACUCUCUUGUCUGGAGACCCUUGCUUUAAAACGCCCCUCAGCACAGCUAAAACCAUCACCAUCGCCGGGCAGGACCCUUCCCUGCAGCUGGACUGCAAAGGCGAGGGCACCGAUGCCACCCAAACCCUCCCCUCUGGCAUCUCCACAGGACGGGCUCUCAAACCCAGGGCCAUCAGCACGGGUCUCCCAGAGGAACUGGACCAGAACUUGUCCAGCCCGGAUGAAGUCUUUCACACGGGCCACUCGAGAAACUCCAGUUACGCCAGCCAGCAGAGCAAAGUAUCAGGCUACAGCACCGAGCACUCGCGCUCUUCCAGCCUCACCGACCUCACGUCGCACCGCCGCAACACCUCCACCAGCAGCAGCGCCUCCGGGAGUGUAGCCACGGCGACUGAGGGCGCAGCCGAGACCGAGAGGGAGCCAUCCGCCCGCCCCGAGAGACCGCCCCGCCCCCCACUCCCUGUUCUGCUCUCCAACAGACCGUCCAGACGCAAGAAGGACUCCGUGGAGAACCAGCCCACCUGGGUGGAUGACACACGCAUUGACGCUGACGACAUCGUGGAGAAGAUCGUUCAAAGCCAGAACUUUGCUGACGUCGGCAACAAAGAAGACAGCAACCUGCAGCUGUUUGUCAGCAGAGACGGCACCACGGCCCUCAGUGGUAUCCAGCUGGGUAGCAGGGUGACGGCAGGGGUCUUCGAGCCGGUAGUGAUCGAAAGUCAUUAAAGGGGCAGACGUCCUCGUCUUCCAUCUCCCAUCUCUCUCUCUCACUUCCUCUCUCGUCUCCCAUCCCUCCAUCCGAUGACUGAUGAAAGGAAAGAAGAGGGAAGGAAACCGGCGACGAGGCCUUCAGUUCUCCAUCCCGUCUGUUAAUCAUACAUUAGAGGGGACGCUCACAGUUACUUACAAAUCGCGCAAAUAUGUGUGUAUGUGUUUGGUGUGUACUGCUAUCUUUGUUGUUCAUCCUAUAUAUUUUAGGCUACACCCUAUGCAUCUUACCGCGAGACAUAACCAUGACACUCAUGUGGAGUGCUUGGUUGUGUUAUUACAUGAUACAAAGCUAAUUCAUCUAAAACUUCUAUUUAUAAAUGCUUUAUAAUCUGAUCGAAAUGCAAGCGUAUAAACUACUUGAUGUGCCACAAACUGUGGUAUUAUGGGAAAUGUAGUGCAACACUGUGAAGGGCUGGCCCGGUCAUGUUGUGUGGGUGACAUGUACGAACUACAUGGGAAUCUUAAAAAUGUACUUUACUGCUAGAGGUAGCUCAUCCACAAAAAAAGCAGUGGUUUUAACCUGUGGUUUUCUUUUCUGUUUCUUUUCUGUUCUGUUACUCCGCUACAUUGAGAUGUUUGAUUGGCUCCAAUUUGCUUCACCAGCUUCUCUGAUUGGCUGUGGUCUUAAGCGCAGCCACGGAAGACUGGUUGUUACAAACCUUUAAAGGAGGCAAAUCAAUCCUCUCUCUGUGCUCGUCUUUUAGAGUGGGUUUGAAUCACAAGUCUGAAUUGGGAAUCACAUGCCUUUUCCCACACCAGAGUUCAACACUAAUUCUUAGCCUCUGCAAAUCUCUAAAGUUCAAGUGUAUCAUGAGUUGGUUAUGGUUUGUAGGAUGUGCCACAGUUAAAUACUAUGUGGUUCUGUGUGGCUGGUCAUACAAAGAACCAUAGGGUGAGUUGUAGUGGAAUGGUGACUGUGGUCACCGUUGAGUGUGCCUGGAUAUUAGUCUUGUUUUCCCAUUCUGACAGGGCUCCUCUGUGUGUGUGUGUGUGUGUGUGUGUGUGUGUGUGUGUGUGUGUGUGUGUGUGUGUGUGUCAUGUGCUUAUGUUCUGCUUCCACUGGCUGGUCUGGUGACAGCAGUAUUCUGUUUUUUUUUUUCUGUUGCCUUGGCUCUUGUUUCCUGCCUAAAGGUGUUUGUGUUGUGGUCUCACUGUGUGUGUGUGUGUGUGUAUGCGUGUGUGUGUGUGGGUGCUACUUUUCUAAGCGCUGCACUCAUAGUCCUAAAUGCAGUGAUCAAAGUGUUUGCAUUUGGCCGUGCUCAAUCUGUUUGGGCCUUAGUGGCUAAAUGUCCCUAACAUCUGUUUGGCACUUGGGAUGCGAGCAGUGCAUUGUGGGUAGGAUGAGAUCAGGGGCGAUGAGUCAAAGUCACGUUCUUCAUCUUGGCAAAGAGGCCUCAGUUUUCCACCAAGCACCUGGAGUGCACCAGGAAACAGUGGGUUUUCUGACAGGAUGAACCUCCUUUACCUCUGUGUGUGUGUGUGCGUGUGUGUGUGU